AUGGCCACAGACCGCCAGAAAUCAUACUACAAAUUCCUCAUCCCCAUCCAAUCCAGGUGGAUGGACAAUGACCAAUUCGGACACAUCAACAAUGCUGUCUACUACUCUCUUUUCGAUACAGCAGUCAACAUCCAUCUAUAUCAACACUGCGAAACAUCAGCUGAAGGGAAAUUGGUUGGGUUUGUCAAGUCAAGCUCAUGUCAGUACUUCAAGCCAAUGACGUAUCCGAAUCCAAUCACAGUUGGGCUCGCGGUUGAGAAAUUGGGAAACACGUCAGUCACGUACAGGGUCGCCACAUUUGAGGAAAAAUCGUUUGGCCCAGCAUCAAGUGACAACGAAGCUACCGCCACUGGGACUUUUGUCCAUGUAUAUGUGAACAAGGAAACUGGCAAACCAGAACCAAUACCUGAGCAUGUCCGGAACGGUCUUUCCAAGCUGCAGAUAAAAGCAUCACUUUGA